CAAACUCUAAUAGGAUACCAUACUACUGUAUCGGCGUUCUGUUCAAAGCAUGGAUAUAUCCAUUUCUAAUGCAAAAGAGUAUGUCUCCGUCGACUACCCAGCUCUUAUUGAAAAUAUGGACAAGGCCCUUCUUACUUUGGGUGGAGAUGAAACUAUUACAAAGACAUACAACAGCUCUGAUAGAUUAGAGCUUCGUUUCCGACCUAAAGACACCUUCUGCAAGCCAGUUUACGGUGACCGUUCAUUAGACACAAGUCUCCUCCUAAAAGUGAGACGAAAAAAAGGAUCAAAAGAAAGCGAUGUCCAAUCAGAAAUAGUAGGAGUUGUAAACAAUUCUUACGAAUUUCGAGGUAUGGCCGAUUAUCAAUACGUUCCUGUUGAAAAGAAAAGAAAUGACUACAAAGUAAUUCAUGAUGAUGUAGUAAUGAGUGAUCUCCGAGAUAUCUCUUGGUUAAAAGAAGAAAAUAGAGCAUCAUUUAUUCCACCUGCAGUCUUUAGUCGAACGGACGUUCCACAAAAAUAUUACUAUCAAAAGGAUUUCAAAUCCAAACUUCCAACAGAUAAACCAACAAGUGAUGCUACAAGAAAACGUGAACCAGCCAUAUUCGUGAAAUUUUCAAUUGACAAAGUACCAGAUGAGACAAGUCCUGAAUUUAAAAUAUACGAAAAAGAAGAUAAAUACAAAAAAUCAUUAGAUGAACUGAAAAAGCUCUUUAAAAAACAACCAAUAUGGUGCCGAAGCGGAUUAAUUGCAAAUUGUAAUUUGUCUUUUGAACUUCUAAAGCGUUUAUUGCCUGUUGUUGCGUUCCAUUGGAUGUCUGGUCCUUGGCGAACAUUAUGGAAUCGUUUUGGGUACGAUCCACGUCAAAAUCCCGAAGCAAAACUCUACCAAACCCUGGAUUUUCGAAUAAGAAAGCAAUUAAAUGUAGAUGUCAUUCCAGCCAGAAGAACUCACCGAAAACCUAAAUCAGACUCUUACAAAUUUAGAGUUGGAUGUUUUCCCGCAUUUAAGCAAACUUAUUACCAAAUGUGCGAUGUAGAAGUUCCAGAGGUGCAACAAAUCAUUCACUCUAAUGAUGGAAAAGAAAAAAAGUGUACAGAAAGAGAUGGUUGGUGCGAAGAAGAUACAAUAGAUAAAUGCCGUGACGUACUAACAAAGCAUAUAGAAGAACUAGAAGCUGAACAAGGGGAAACGCAUUUCAAAAAUAUCCGCCCAAAGCAAAAGAAAAAGACCAGAAAACGAACGGGAAAUACUGAAAGUUCAGAGGAAACAUCUACCGAUGAAUCAGCAAUAGAAGAAAUGCAAGCCGCUAUAAACGAUUCUUCCGGAGAUGAAGUUGAAGAAAACCUAUCUUGA